AUUGUGGGAGAGAGAUGAGUGACUGGGCGCCAUUUUGCCCGCUCAGCUUCCAUUGUGUGAGAGAGUAAAAAUCUCAAACCGCAAGCAACAACACACUGAUUCUUCAAGGAGCAAUCAAGGAAAAUCUGCCCGUGGUGAUCCUCUGUCGUCAUGGCUCGUACCAAGCAGACCGCCCGUAAGUCCACCGGAGGAAAGGCUCCCCGGAAGCAGCUCGCCACCAAGGCUGCCCGCAAGAGCGCUCCGUCCACCGGAGGAGUGAAGAAGCCCCAUCGUUACAGGCCCGGUACCGUGGCUCUGAGAGAGAUCCGUCGGUACCAGAAAUCCACCGAGCUGCUGAUCCGUAAGCUGCCCUUCCAGCGCCUGGUGAGAGAGAUCGCUCAGGACUUCAAGACCGACCUGCGCUUCCAGAGCGCCGCCAUCGGAGCGCUGCAGGAGGCCAGCGAGGCCUACCUGGUGGGCCUGUUCGAGGACACCAACCUGUGUGCCAUCCACGCCAAGAGGGUCACCAUCAUGCCCAAAGACAUCCAGCUGGCCCGCCGCAUCCGUGGAGAGAGGGCUUAGACCUCUGCCAUGUUCCGCCCCCCCCCCCCCCCCCCCCCCCCCCCCCCCCUCCCCGCCCCCCUGCCCCCUCCCUCGGCCUGUCCAGCUUCUCGGUAGAUUUUAGAGUAAUCCUCAAUAUGAAGAGUUAGGAACAUGUCGAAGUCUGGUCUCUCCUAGCUUUUCUUUAGUCUUCUACAAAUGUUUUUAGGGUACUUUCUUGUGCAUGUUCAGACUUUGGCUGAUCAGACACACUCUCACACACUCUCACACACUCUCUCACACACUCUCAGACACUCAGAGCAGGAUGAGCUGCUGUGGACCAGAGGACGCAGAGGGCCGAGGGGCUGGUCUGCUUAAGGGGAGCCGCAACUUCCACAGCAGGGUGCUAAUAAAACCAGCCCCAGAGGCCCCCUGCACCCCUCUGGGGCCCCAGGACCCCACGGAUGUGUGUUUGUGUGUGUGUGUGUGUGUGUGUGUGUGUGUGUGUGUUCUGAUCUGCCAAACCAAACAAAACUACAAUCUGUCGGUUGCUUCAUGUUGUUGAUAUGGUGUCUUUUUCUUUCUUUCUUUAAACAUGUAAUUGACAGAGGAGCACUCCUUCCUUCACCACGUCCAAAACUAAACAUGAAAAACAUGAAAGUAAACGAAGGGCAUGAUUUUUGUUUUCCUUCUUAAACUGAUCUGAUUUAGCAUUUUGAAGAAACAGGAAGGGCUUCUUCUCUUUUCCAAGCAGACGUCUAUUGUUCCGGCAGCCACACGGGGGCGCUGCUGCUCCGUGUCCAUCACUCUCCACUGCGUGUGUGUGCGUUUGUGUGUGGGUGUGUGUCCCCUGCAGCUUAUUCUCUGUCCCUCUCUCCAAAUUUGUGAUACACGAUAUAACCUCAUAUUUGUUUUCUUUUAUAUUUUUCUUAUUCCUCGAGAUUUUCAGACGUAUAAAUAAGCUGAUCUUUGUAUUUUCCAAAUUUCUCAUAUUAUGGUGGUAAUAAAUAGGUGUUAAA